GCCGCAGCUAGCAGCCUGCCGCCACCGCCAGGUUGUGCCUCAGACUGUCAGAUAAAGCGGCGGGCCGGGCCCGCGGGGCGGUGAGCACGGCCCGGGCCGGACAUGGCGGCGCUCUACGCCUGCACCAAGUGCCACCAGCGCUUCCCCUUCGAGGCGCUGUCUCAGGGGCAGCAGCUGUGUAAGGAAUGUCGGAUUGCACACCCAGUUGUGAAGUGCACCUACUGCAGGACUGAGUACCAGCAGGAGAGCAAAACCAAUACAAUUUGCAAGAAAUGUGCUCAGAAUGUGCAGUUGUAUGGAACGCCCAAACCUUGUCAGUAUUGCAACAUAAUUGCAGCAUUUAUUGGCAAUAAAUGCCAACGUUGCACAAAUUCAGAGAAGAAGUAUGGACCACCAUAUUCUUGUGAGCAGUGCAAGCAGCAGUGUGCGUUUGACAGGAAAGAUGAUAGAAAGAAGGUAGAUGGGAAAUUGCUGUGCUGGUUGUGCACACUUUCAUACAAACGUGUUCUCCAGAAGACCAAAGAGCAAAGGAAGCACCUGAGCAGCUCUUCUCGUGCAGGCCACCAGGAGAAGGAACAAUACAGCCGCCUGAGUGGUGGUAGCCAUUAUAACAGCCAGAAAACACUUUCUACAUCUUCAAUUCAAAAUGAAAUCCCAAAGAAAAAAUCCAAGUUUGAUUCAAUCACAACAAAUGGAGACAGCUUUUCCCCAGACCUGGCUCUGGAUUCACCAGGCACUGACCACUUUGUCAUCAUUGCUCAGCUGAAAGAAGAGGUAGCUACUCUGAAGAAGAUGUUGCAUCAAAAGGAUCAAAUGAUCUUAGAGAAAGAAAAAAAGAUUACCGAGUUGAAGGCUGAUUUUCAGUACCAGGAAUCUCAGAUGAGGGCAAAAAUGAACCAAAUGGAGAAAACGCACAAAGAAGUCACAGAACAAUUGCAGGCCAAAAAUCGAGAACUCCUAAAACAGGCAGCUGCCUUGUCCAAGAGCAAGAAGUCGGAAAAGUCAGGAGCUAUUACCUCUCCAUGACAGACUGCAGGAGGCUCUUCAGCAACAGCAGAUGGGGUCAUCCUGGGUUAGGGUUGGAGACCUGGCUGUUCUCUGGGAAUUGCAAACUUUCUUAAGAAUCUCUAUUUUAUUACAGUUAUCCUUCUUUGUGUGAUUGCAGUGAGCUGAAUGGAAACAUCUAGUUUGUGCUGUGUUAUGACUGCAUGCUUGAGUGUUUGGGAUUUCAGGUUCAAUCUCCUUCUCUUUCUCUCUCACUACUCCUUCUAUGCUUUUCUUCCUCUUCUACCAUCUCUUCCUCUUUUCUUCUCUCCCUUCCCUUUUUUUCCUUCUAUCCCUUUCUUCCCUUUCCUCUUUCUCUAUGUAUUUUGGUUCUACUCUUUGUUCUUUUGUGGUGGUCACUGCUCAGUGUUAUGUGCAGAAUGAUUUUUUAUGUCCAUCCUUGCAUCCUGCCAUACCCAUGAGCAAAUAGUUUGGCAUUAAUUGUAUAUCACUGCCACCCUCUAACUUUAAAAACUGCCACCUUAAGACUUGGUACAAUGAGAGAGGCUUUCUCUCUCCAAUAAAUCUUUUGCUUCAGGGUAUACUCUUGGGUUUUUUUCCAGGUAUAUUAUGUAUGAACUUUGUACUAUGUAUAGCCAGAGUUUUAUUUAUUUUUUAAAAAAAGAAACUUUUUCUUGAUAAAAGAAUAAUGGUAGCCUAGCUAGUUGUUCUUGUAAAAGCGAUGCCUCUUGGGGGGAAAAAAAGUCCUAUUCUCUAGCUUUUAGAAAAUGCAUCAGAUCUUUUCUUUCUUGUUAACUUUAGAGUCUUAAAAACCGAUUACUAAGGUGAAAUAAUUUCAAUAUAUACGUAUGGAGUUAAGUGCCUUUUAGAGGAUUUCUUGGAAGAUCAUUUAAGGAGAUACUUAAGGGAGGUUGCAAAGAUUUUGAACAGUCUGUCUUUUUAAGUAAGGGCAGAAAGAAAGGUUGUCCAGGUUGUACUGGACAUUUCCCUCCCCCACUUCCUUUAUUCUUAGGUAAUUGAUUUUAAAUUCUCAUACUGCCACUUCUUUUUUUUUUUUUUUUAAAUACCCUUUGCCUAUAUAAGUUGUUAUACUGGGCUAUUAUUGUCAGAAAACAUUUUUCUUUUUUUUAAACAGGAGCAGAUUCAAAAUGGUUCAACUGUAGGACACUCUGGGAUCAGUACAAACUGCUCAAGUAUGGACUAUUAGUCCAAAUGGGAGAAAUAAUAUCAUUGUACUUUCUUCCUAUUUCUCUUCACCCACCCCAGCCUGUAUUCUCCCUGCUUUUAAUGGAAAGGUAUUGAAUACAUGUGCUUCUCAGAAGCAGUUUGGCGUCAGCCAGAGAUAUGUGUGGCCUGUCUUCCCUUCUUAUCCCAAUAGGCACAUGGAUUCACUUUUCCAGGAAAGGGAUAGACAUGUAUUUCUAGCUGUACUCUCAGGUACUCUAUGUGGUCUUUUUAAAGAAGUUGGGGAUGUGUAUAGUAUGUGCUGUGAAGUAACAAAAUCAACUACCCUGGAAUUAUUAAAGCAGGGGGGGUACUAGAGUUAAAGGUAAUGAUGAGGGCAGAUGACAUUUGUAGUCUCAGUCUACCAAAAUUGUAGCAGUAAAUUUAGCUUGUUAAAAGCAGAUGUUCUAUAAUCUGUGAUAGCAUUCUCACAAGUGGAGCCAUGCACAUAAUUGGACAGAGAUGUGGAAAGGGUGGCUUCCUUCUGCUAAGAGAUACAGUGGACCAUGUGGCUUAGAUAUCGCCCUGGUAGGGGAUGUAAUUUUCCCUUCUAAGCAAGGGGAACAGCAGUGCUAAAUAGUUUUGUAACUUUUUGAAUGAGAAGCUUUUAGGUAAACUGUCAGAUAAUAUUUUUUAGAUGCAUUUGCAUUGGCUAUGGGGAAAA